CGGCCGCCUCCGGUUCCGCGCGCCCGGAGUGGUCAUGGAGCUCUCGGCCGCCUGGCACACGCUCAGCACCGGCCUGGUGCCGCCCGCCGCCCUCGGCCUGGUGGCGCCCAGGUCUGGCUUGGCCGGGCCACUGAACGAUGGCGACCUGCAGGCGGCCAUGGAAGUCCUGCAGCGGCACGACUUGCACUCGGUCCUGGAGGAGUGGUUCUUGGAAGUUUUGCAGACUGAUCUUCAGGGGAAUAUUGCUCCCGAGUUCUGGAACUGCAUUGCGCAAUAUGAAAACACUGCCGAAGAGCCUCAGUGCUCACUCCUGCUCCUGGACGCCUUUUGUCUCCUGAAGUGCCGCUUGGACCCUUACCUGCACAGCCUGGACCUUCUGGAGGAAUGGACCCGAGGCGGCUUGCUCCUUGGGACGGGCUCCCAGGGGCUGCGGGAGAAAGUCUACACCAUGUUCCGAGCCAUCCUCUUCUUCUCCACCACAAAGACCUUCCAGGAGAUGAUCCAGCAGUUCUACAGCCGCAGCUUCAAGAUCUACAUGCGGCAGUGGAAGGGAAGCGAGGAGCGGGCGAGUGAGGGAGAGAGCAGCAUGAGUGAAAACGAGCAGGGGAGUGAGGCGGAAGAGGGGGAGCCGGGAGCAGGGGGCCGGCUGUGUGCUGGCUGCAGCUUCAAGAAGGACCGCUGUUGGUGCCCCACGGCCAUGGAGCAGUUUCGGCAGCUCAGCGAGAUCCUCCACAGGCUGAACCUGCUGGAACGGGUCAGUGCGGACGGCGUCACCAACAUCCUGCACCGGAUGAUUGAGGAGCGGAUGGAGUGGAGGUGCCGGGGGGAGUAUGAGCGCUCCUUUCUGAAUGAGUUCCAAGAGUGGAUCGAGACAGUGAUUGGCUGGCUCAGCCGGGUGUUUCUGCAGGAUGGUGCCCGGGCCCACCCUAGCCCUGAGGCCAGCAGCACCCUGAAGCGCUGGCGGUGCCACGUCCAGAGGUUCUUCUACCGCCUGUAUGCCAGCAUGCGCAUUGAGGAGCUCUUCAGCAUCAUCCGAGAUUUCCCAGAGUCAAAGCCGGCAGUGGACGACCUGAAGUACUGUCUGGAAAGGACAAAUCAGCGGCAGCAGCUUUUGAGCUCUCUGAAAAGCGCAUUGGAGAUGCGGCUUCUGCAUCCCGGGGUGAACACCUCGGACAUCAUCACCCUCUACAUCUCCGCUAUCAAGGCCCUGCGGGAGCUGGAUCCUUCCAUGGUUAUCCUGGAAGUAGCCUGCGAGCCCAUCAGGAAGUACUUGAGAACCAGAGAGGAUACAGUGCGGCAGAUUGUGGCUGGUUUAACAGGGGACGCCGAAGGGUCCGGCGACUUGGCCAAUGAGCUCUCCAAAGCGGAUCCGGUGACCCUGGAGAAUGGCCAGGAGAGCGAUGAUGACAUCUGCGAGCCGGAGGACUGGGUGCCUGAUCCAGUCGAUGCCGAUCCAGGAAAGUCAAGCUCCAAGCGCCGCUCCUCAGACAUCAUCAGCCUGCUGGUGAGCAUCUAUGGCAGCAAAGACCUGUUCAUCAACGAGUACCGCACGCUGCUGGCUGACCGACUGCUGCACCAGUUCAACUACAGCGCAGAGAGGGAAAUCCGAAAUGUGGAACUGCUGAAGCUGCGAUUCGGGGAAGCCCAGAUGCAUUACUGUGAGGUCAUGUUGAAAGACAUGGCAGACUCUCGCCGCAUAAACGCCAACAUUCGUGACGAGGAGCAGAAGGUCCCGGAAGAGGAGAGGCCCCCGUUCAGCCUGGUUGCCGUCAUCCUCUCCAGCGAGUUCUGGCCGCCUCUGAAGGAGGAGAAGCUGGAGCUGCCCGAGCAGAUCAAGGGGACCAUGGAGGCCUACGCCAAGAAGUACGAGAAGCUGAAGGCCAUGAGGACCUUGAACUGGAAGCACCACCUGGGCUUGGUGAACCUGGAUGUGGAGCUGGCGGAUCGCACGCUCUCCCUUGCUGUGUCACCUGUGCACGCGGCCAUCAUCCUGCACUUCCAGUGCAAGGGCACAUGGACUCUGGAGGAGCUGAGUGAAGUGCUGAAGGUGCCAGUGGCCCCUCUCCGACGCAAGAUGGCCCUGUGGCUGCAGCAGGGGGUGUUGCGGGAGGAGCCCCCAGGCACCUUCACAGUGAUUGAGGAGGAGCAGAAGGACCGGGCCGAGAAAGUGGUGCUGAUCGACAGUGACGAGGAAGGCGACUCGGCCAUGGCCUCGCAAGCCGACCAGAAGGAGGAGGAGCUGCAGCUCUUCUGGUCGUACAUCCAAGCGAUGCUGACCAACCUGGAGUGCCUCUCCCUGGAGCGCAUCCACAGCAUGCUCAAGAUCUUCGUGAUGACAGGCCCCAUGGUGACGGAGAUUGACAUUCUGGAGUUGCAGGGCUUCCUCCAGAAGAAGGUGCGGGACCAACAGCUCAUCUUCUCUGGCGGCGUCUACCGCCUGCCCAAGAGCUGCAACUGAGCCCCAUUCCUUGGCGGUGCUUGGCGGAGGACCUCCCCUCGGAGGCUGGCCUGCUCCGGGCUGGUGUGGCGGCAAAGCGCUUGUGUGUUCUGUCACCUUGGUCAAUAAUAAAAUGGACUCUUCAUCUUGUA